UGAUUGGCUGAUGCAGACCAUUGGUCGAGUUGCUACCGGAAGUUGUAAUCGAUGUGGAGAGUUAGUUUGCAAACGUUGGUAAGGUGUCGGAGUUGGUGUUGUUGUAACAUAGCUGUAUCAUAAGUACGAUACAAUACAGUUAAAGCUGUGAUCUGUAACAUGGUUGGGGUGAAAGUAAUUGGAAAUGAUGCAGAAUUCCAACCGGAGCUUGCAGCUGCUGGCUCAAGGCUAGCCGUAGUGAAGUUCACAAUGGCAGGGUGUCGGCCAUGUGUCAGAAUAGCUCCUGCCUUCAACAUGUUGAGUAACAAGUACCCACAAGUUGUUUUUCUUGAAGUAGACGUGCACGUCUGUCAGGCAACGGCUGCCGCCAACAACAUUUCGGCAACGCCAACAUUUUUGUUCUUCCGGAACAGAGUGCGUAUCGAUCAGUAUCAAGGCGCAGAUGCCUCAGGGUUAGAGGACAAAAUAAAACAGCACGUCGAAAAUGACCCCGGAAGCAACGAGGACUCAGACAUUCCAAAGGGAUACAUGGACCUCAUGCCGUUUGUGAGCAAAGCUGGAUGCGAGUGCCUCAACGAGAGCGACGACUGUGGCUUUGACAACUGCUUAGUCAAGGACACCACCUACUUGGAGUCAGACUGUGAUGAACAGCUCCUCAUUACAAUGGCCUUCAAUCAGCCCGUGAAGCUGUUCUCGAUGAAGCUUCAGUCCUCUGAUUUAGCACAGGCACCAAAGUGCGUGAAGAUCUUCAUCAACCUGCCUCGCUCCAUGGACUUUGACGACGCGGAGAGGAGCGAAGCCACCCAGACCCUGGAGCUGUCCGAGGAGGACUGCAAAGAGGACUUCCUGAUUCCCCUGCGCUAUGUCAAGUUCCAGAACGUCCAGAGUGUGACCUUAUUCAUCAAGUCGAACCAAGGAGAUGAGGAGACAACAAAAAUCAAUUACCUGACGUUCAUCGGGACCCCUGUACAAGCGACAAACAUGAACGACUUCAAAAGGGUUGUGGGCAAGAAAGGGGAGAGUCACUGAGAAGGAAGGCGACCAGCCGUAUUACCGCAGAUCCCUCCAGACCUCCCUCUGCCAUAGCUGCCAAGUUAGCUCCAAUGUCACACAUAACCGACAACACUUGUCCCAAACUGUCCUCCAUAUUUUCGAAGGGAUGGCACCAGAAGAGGCGUCUAAUUCUGAACAUUUUUAUUGUAAUUCAGGAAACACUGUAAAUAAACGGAAUCCUUUUUCAAAGGCA